CCGCCAAUCACACGUCCAUGUAAAUGUGUCCAAGAUGGCGACCUCCAUCGUUCUGUCUUAUACGUUCUCGCCAAUUGCAACAAAAUAACAUUAUUGUCACAUGUCAAAACGUUGUUGUUGGUCGCAGAAAAUACAACACGGUUUAGUAUAUUGAAUCGGAAACGUUAAAAUCGUCUCCAAUGCUUUGUACAUUUGUAGAACUGCGCGCGGUGAUGGUCUGAGGGGAUUUCCAAGCAUGGCCACCGAUAACAGAAUUCAUUUCUGGAGGAAAAACGCAAAGGUUCCAGGGAGUAUACAGCCAGUUUAUGGAGCACAGCAUCCUCCCCUUGACCCCAGAAUCCACCGCACGUUUCCUAAAGACACUCCAAAGGCAAAUAAUCUCAAGUCAAAAAAGGCGUCUAGUUUCCACGAGUUUGCCCGCAGCACAAACGAUGCCUGGGACAUUGACGAUGAGGAGGAUGAGGACUUCUUAGCUCCCAUCCAUCCCUCAUCUCUCCCGCCCACCCUGCCCUCCACACACCAGGUACCUCCUCUUCCUCCACAACAACCCAUUAACACCACCAUUGAGCCAGACACAGGGCCAGGGCCUGCAGACCGGCUGGCUCCCCCAACAGCAGAGGUCCGCCUUCAGCAUGAGGAGGCCAAUGGCAGAGUGGUGGUGAAGUCCAGCAGUGAGGCCCAGCUCAACACCAAUACAGUGCGUUCCACUCUGCAGAAGCAACAGUCUCUCCCAGUCCGCCCCAUCAUCCCGUUAGUCGCCAGAAUCUCUGACCAAAAUUCAUCGGGGGCCCCAAUCAUGACAGUGCGAGACAAGAGUCGAUUGGACAAAUUCAAAUACCUUCUGUCCUGUCCUAACACCGACCUCGAGGAGCUCCGGAAGCACAGCUGGUCAGGCAUUCCACGAGAAGUGAGGCCCAUCACAUGGAGGCUCCUCUCUGGUUACCUCCCAGUCAACAUGGAGCGCAGAGACCUGGUGCUGAAGAGGAAGAGAGACGAGUACUUUGGCUUCAUUGAACAGUAUUACCACUCCAGGACAGACGAGACUUACAAAGACACAUAUAGACAGAUCCACAUUGAUAUUCCGAGGACAAACCCACUAAUUCCACUUUUCCAGCAGCCUGCGGUGCAAGAGGUGUUUGAGAGGAUCCUCUUCAUCUGGGCUAUCCGCCAUCCAGCCAGCGGCUACGUCCAGGGAAUCAAUGACUUGGUCACUCCAUUCUUUGUGGUAUUCCUUUCCGAAUUUGUUGAGGAGGAUGUGGAGAAUUUUGACGUAGCGUCCUUGCCUCUUGACACCCAGAGGAACAUUGAGGCAGACAGCUUCUGGUGCAUGACCAAGCUGCUGGACGGAAUACAGGACAACUACACUUUUGCUCAGCCAGGGAUACAGAACAAAGUUAAAGCUUUGGAAGAAUUGGUCAGCAGAAUCGAUGAGGACAUACACAACUACUUUAAGAGGUAUGAGGUGGAGUACCUGCAGUUCGCUUUUCGUUGGAUGAACAACCUGCUGAUGAGAGAGCUGCCUCUACGCUGCACCAUACGCCUCUGGGACACCUAUCAGGCUGAACAAGAGGGCUUCUCCCACUUCCACCUCUACGUCUGUGCUGCUUUCCUGAUCGAGUGGCGCAAAGAGAUCCUCUCCAUGGUCGAUUUUCAGGGUCUUCUCAUGUUACUCCAGAACCUUCCUACAAUCCACUGGGGGAACGAGGAAGUGGGCCUUCUCCUGGCUGAAGCAUACAGACUCAAGUAUAUGUUCGCUGACGCGCCCAAUCACUACAAGAGAUAGGCCUCUAUGUCACUGGUUCUUAAACUCUUUUUUUAACCGUGGCACACCUUGAUAGGAUAAAACAUUGUGCUGCACACCUGCAAUUUCCCUAUUCAUGGAGUGGUAAUGGCAUGCAUCUUACAUGAUCCAUACUGCAAAUCAUCUAUUUUCUGUGACAAAUGUUUUUUAUAGGUUAAAUGGAGUUCAUUUGAUCGUUCCUUAAUCUGAAUGUGUGUCCACCCCUUAAAGAGUGUCCUGUGAAUCCGAGUUAGAAUUUUUUUUUAUAGGUCCGGUAAUAUAUAUAGUCUGUUACAAAUAUAUAUAUAUAUAUAUAUAUUUUUUUUUACGGUUUGGGCUACAUAUGAACAGUUUACUGCAUUGUUAAAGGUGCAACCACGGACACAAAGCCACGCUCCAUUUGUUUCUACGGCAACGGCUGUGGUACAGCUAAACCUAAUCAGACUUGGUUAUGCUAAUUGUUCUCACAGGCGAAGUAAAGGGAUAUAUAAAUGUAUUUUCUCGUGAUGCGCGCCCCUCAAAUGAUACAAAAUGUAACAACAGCCUGAGCGCACUGGACUUGAAACAGCCACACAGAUGGAACCAUGUGUCAUUCAAUGUAUUAUCUGAACGGCGCUGGUGCUCCCAAGUCCAAAUUCCACAGUUCACAUUCGUUAGUGUUCCCCCCCCCCCCAAAAAAAAAAUUUAAGAUUAAGAAAAGUUUCACUGCACAGUUGAAAGUUCCUCAAAGCACAACAGUGUGCUGCGUCACACAGGUUGAAAACCACUGCUAUAUGCACUGGUGAACAGAUUGUAAAACAAGAGAUAUUUAGGUAUGUAGAGAUAUGUAGAGAUGCUGAUAUGUAGGUUUUUAUUCCUCUGACAUGACUGACGGACAUACUGUAAAAUACCUUGCACAUGCGUAUAGAUUAUUCACUCAAAAACCCUGGCCUGAACUACCAUUUGUACAAUAUUUUUCUUGCUGUCUUUCUCUGUUAAUAAUUGCAUUGGCAAGUUUCAUUCCACUGACUCUGCAGUGUAUUAUCUUAGAGCCAGUGACUUGAACAUCUCAGUAGUAGUCUGUUACAGUUCACGCUGUAGGCAUCGAGUAGGGUCCUGGCAUACAGCUGUGAGUUCUGCUGUUGGAACUCUAUACUGUACUGUGUAAAUGACUGGUAUUUUAAUCUGGAAGGAAUAAGUACUUGGCUAAUCGGUUAAUGGCUAGUUCAAAUUAAUUCAUACUGGCGUUAAAUCAGUAUUGUUUGUCUCAAAAGUUUUAACCGAACUCUGAAUGGAUGAUGAUGACAGUUUGAUCAUCCUUUAAGUUUCAGAGAGAAUAUACUUGAGUUAUUUUGUUUGUCGUUUGUUUAUGACAAGAGUUCUGUGGUAAAGCUAGCCCACAUAUAUUUGACCACUUUGUCCCCACUUGUUCCCUUCGUGGAUAUAUUGAGUCCAGCAAAAGGCCAGUCUGAAUAUCUAGUAAAGAAAUGGUCCAAUGUAGUACAACGUGAUACGGGAGGAGUCACAGCUGUUACUAAUAGCCACUCCGUAGACCAGAAAAAAGGUACUUUAUUUCAGGGCUUAUCUAUAGGGGUGCCAUAUUGAAUCCCAAGGCCUCAAUGUGAAUCGGAUGAGAAUAGCGACCUUGUUGAUGUAUUGCUGUAAAGUUUGGACUAGAUAUAGCUGGAUUUUAUCAUCUGAUUAUUUGCUAUUUUGUUUAGUAUUCGUCAGACUUAAAUUUUCUUUCUAAGAUUAUAUGAAACUGUGGCACGUAUGAAAGUUGAUAAAUUGGAUCAAAAAUGAAUUUGUCAUUUGCAACUGAAUGAGACUUGUCUACCCUUCAAAUAGUGUAAACCUGAAGGGGAUCUGACACUUUACCAAAUUUAUAUUGUGUAUGUUUGUGGUGUUCAUAACAAUGCGAUGCAAAUGUUGCUUUGUCUAUUUCCUCUUCCUGAAGAAAUAUACAAACCAGUGCAAUCUAAAUCAACAAUCUGCAACACGAUGUAAUGACCAUUCAGGAAGCUCUUCAGAUAGGAGAGAAAAUGACUGUUGUACUUCCCUGUUUGUGGUUUGCAACAGCAUCUACUCUUAUUUAGUAAUGGUUAACUUAAACAGUUGUCUGUAAACUUUAUAGAAGUGAAAAUUGUGUAUAUUAAGAAUUCAAAUGUUCAGAUUUGUUAUAUAGUAAUUGACUGUGUUUUGCCUUGACUCUGAGGGUUGCUAAUGCUGAUGGGGAUUUUCAGAGGAAACUUUUAGUAACCCUCCCUACACAGUUACUUGAUCUAUUGAAAACGGUGUCCUGUGAUAUCAACACAGCUGUAUUUCAAGCCUUUGUUAUAAGAAUGUGUAAUGCUCUCUUUCUUUUACUGUCUAACAUGGAAAACUGAAAUGUUGUCAUUUGACCUUUUGUUUUGUGUCAGUUGAUAUUGGGGUUAUGUAGUAGCUUACCAGUUGAUAUUGGGGUUAUGUCGUAGCCUACCAGUUGAUAUUGGGGUUAUGUAGUAGCCUACCAGUUGAUAUUGGGGUUAUGUAGUAGCCUACCAGUUGAUAUUGGGGUUAUGUAGUAGCCUACCAGUUGAUAUUGGGGUUAUGUCGUAGCCUACCAGUUGAUAUUGGGGUUAUGUCGUAGCCUACCAGUUGAUAUUGGGGUUAUGUCGUAGCCUACCAGUUGAUAUUGGGGUUAUGUCGUAGCCUACCAGUUGAUAUUGGGGUUAUGUCGUAGCCUACCAGUUGAUAUUGGGGUUAUGUCGUAGCCUACCAGUUGAUAUUGGGGUUAUGUCGUAGCCUACCUGCCUUGACCUCACUUAGCUGAUGUAAAUCAGGAAUAGUAAUUCCAUUUCCAACUUUCAUACCCAUUUCUCUGCUAUGGUAGGAAAGAUGUGACAGUCAUUCUUGUAUUCAUGGUUGCUUGUUUCGUCACAAUAUGGUUUUGAACGUUUGUUUUGAACUGAUGCCCGACUGAGCAUUCUACUCAAUGCAUUUUAGAUCAAGGGCAGAUGGAGAACGUUCAUAAGAAUGGAAUGACGCGACUGAGUGAUGGAGGUGCAACCAAUGAAUUGAUUGGCAUUUAGGUUCAGUUUCAACAAUAUGGCUCAGAUUAGUUUUGUCAGGUUUUAUUUUGUGACCCUAUGACAACCUAACAUAAUAAAACUGAAGUACGUUUUUUCGUGCAUCAGUUUUUCUGGCACAAUCUGAAGAUCCUGGUUAGUUUUUCAAUAAUCAGUGCUAGAACAGUGAACUUGGUGGUAUUGGAUGUGUAAUCAUGAUAAUGAGAAAACUGAAGUGCCAUAACUUCUGUACCAGUAUAAUUCUCAUAUUGGUUUUUAAGAUGUAGUUCAAUUAGGAUUUUUCUGCAAUUAAAUCAUCUAAUUGUCAUUCUUACUUUAGAUUUCUGCUUGUUCCAGGUACACAUUAUACCAUGUCUUCUGAAGUCAGUGUUUUUGUAGGAAAAAUGCAGACUUGUGUUCUUAGUUGGCAUUUUCACAUUUUAUAAUGAUUUGUUGGUGUAUUUAAGUAGUUGCCUUUCAGCCUUAAACUGUGCUCUGUCCUCAUUUGUUUAUUUGCUAAAAAAAAAAUCAGACUUUGUGUAAUUUUAAUUUAAUUCAUUCUACGAUUGUAUUAUUCACUCCAUGUCGCGUUGUUUUAUGGUCAUGCAAAGGUUCACUGCAUUUUGAUUAUAAAAACAGGAGAUAUAGGACAAUGAAACCUGAAGUCAUUGUCUAAAUUCAAAUUUCCAAUCAUAAAUUUGUCUUUUUCUAAUAUUCAAUGCCAAACUAUUCGGCCAAUAAUGUUUCCUUUCAGAUCCAUGCUUCUGUAGUCAUUACUGGUUUUAGCCUUAAAUGGAUGAAAUGAGUACAGUAAUGAGUACAGUAAUGAGUACAGUAAUGAGUACAGUAAUGAGUACAGUAAUCUGCUGUAUAUUAACUGUUUGUUUAUAUUAAAUGAGUGUUACCCUUUGUUUUGACUGAG